AUGGCGGCAGCCAGCCCGUCCCGAGAGACCGAUCUGGCCGAUUUAGACUUUUUUCUUACAAUAACUAGUAAACCACCUUCAGAAAGCCAUAACGCAGUCACAAUAACUAGUAAACCACCUUCAGACAGCCAUAAUGCAGUCACAAUAACUAGUAAACCACCUUCAGACAGCCAUAAUGCAGUCACAGUAACUAGUAAACCACCUUCAGACAGCCAUAAUGCAGUCACAAUAACUAGUAAACCACCUUCAGACAGCCAUAAUGCAGUCACAGUAACUAGUAAACCACCUUCAGACAGCCAUAAUGCAGUCACAGUAACUAGUAAACCACCUUCAGACAGCCAUAGUGCAGUCACAGUAACUAGUAAACCACCUUCAGACAGCCAUAGUGCCGUCACAGUAACUAGUAAACCACCUUUAGACAGCCAUAAUGCAGUCACAGUAACUAGUAAACCACCUUCAGACAGCCAUAAUGCAGUCACAGUAACUAGUAAACCACCUUCAGACAGCCAUAAUGCAGUCACAGUAACUAGUAAACCACCUUCAGACACCCAUAAUGCAGUCACAGUAACUAGUAAACCACCUUCAGACAGCCAUAAUGCAGUCACAGUAACUAGUAAACCACCUUCAGACAGCCAUAAUGCAGUCACAAUAACUAGUAAACCACCUUCAGACAGCCAUAAUGCAGUCACAGUAACUAGUAAACCACCUUCAGACAGCCAUAAUGCAGUCACAGUAACUAGUAAACCACCUUCAGACAGCCAUAGUGCAGUCACAGUAACUAGUAAACCACCUUCAGACAGCCAUAAUGCAGUCACAGUAACUAGUAAACCACCUUCAGACAGCCAUAAUGCAGUCACAGUAACUAGUAAACCACCUUCAGACAGCCAUAAUGCAGUCACAGUAACUAGUAAACCACCUUCAGACAGCCAUAAUGCAGUCACAGUAACUAGUAAACCACCUUCAGACAGCCAUAAUGCAGUCACAGUAACUAGUAAACUACCUUCAGACAGCCAUAAUGCAGUCACAGUAACUAGUAAACCACCUUCAGACAGCCAUAAUGCAGUCACAGUAACUAGUAAACCACCUUCAGACAGCCAUAAUGCAGUCACAGUAACUAGUAAACCACCUUCAGACAGCCAUAAUGCAGUCACAGUAACUAGUAAACCACCUUCAGACAGCCAUAAUGCAGUCACAGUAACUAGUAAACCACCUUCAGACAGCCAUAAUGCAGUCACAGUAACUAGUAAACCACCUUCAGACAGCCAUAAUGCAGUCACAGUAACUAGUAAACCACCUUCAGACAGCCAUAGUGCAGUCACAGUAACUAGUAAACCACCUUCAGACAGCCAUAAUGCAGUCACAGUAACUAGUAAACCACCUUCAGACAGCCAUAAUGCAGUCACAGUAACUAGUAAACCACCUUCAGACAGCCAUAAUGCAGUCACAGUAACUAGUAAACCACCUUCAGACAGCCAUAAUGCAGUCACAGUAACUAGUAAACUACCUUCAGACAGCCAUAAUGCAGUCACAGUAACUAGUAAACCACCUUCAGACAGCCAUAAUGCAGUCACAGUAACUAGUAAACCACCUUCAGACAGCCAUAAUGCAGUCACAGUAACUAGUAAACUACCUUCAGACAGCCAUAAUGCAGUCUGUCUUUUGGCCACAAUAGCAGAUUUCCAAUGGUUCAAGUGA